GCGCGCGUAGCUGUCAGAGCUUCACACUGUGUGAGAGGAGAGCGCGGGUGCAGAGUCGAGGCUCCCCGUGUGGUUUCAGGUCAGGAAGCUGCCAUGUCUGUGAAUCAGCCAACUACAAGGGCUGAGCAGAUGAGACCUGAUCCAGCAGGAACGGUCUGUUUUGGGCAGAACCGGUUCACGGCGGAGGAAUAUCAAGCGGUUCAGAAUGCGUUACGCCAGAAGCUGGGCCCUGAAUACAUCAGCAGCCGGCAGGCGGGAGGAGGACAGAAGGUGUGUUACAUAGAAGGACACCGAGUGAUCAGCCUGGCCAAUGAGAUGUUUGGAUACAAUGGAUGGUCCCAUUCCAUCACUCAGCAGAAUGUGGAUUUUGUGGACCUGAGUAACGGGAAGUUCUACGUCGGGGUGUGUGCGUUUGUCAAGGUCCAGCUGAAGGAUGGCUCCUACCAUGAGGAUGUUGGAUAUGGGGUCAGUGAAGGACUGAAGUCUAAAGCUCUGUCGUUAGAGAAAGCUCGUAAAGAGGCAGUCACUGAUGGGUUAAAACGAGCACUAAAGUGCUUUGGGAACUCCCUGGGCAACUGCAUUUUGGAUAAAGAUUAUCUCCGUGCUGUGAACAAACUUCCAAAACAGGUGCCGGUUGAACUGGACCUUGCACAGACCAAGCGUCAGGACUUUGAUGCUUCUGUAGAGAGAGCUCGAUACAGCAGCUUCCAACAGGCCCAGAAACAAGCAGAGAGACCACAGCCAGAACCAGCCGUACAGCUCCCCCUUAGGUCCAGUGAUCCAUCUCUUUCUGAACAGAACCACGAGGGGAGCAACCGGAUAAGUCCAGAGGACAACUGCACAAGUACAGGUUCAGCAAUGUCUUAUGCCCCCGACAUGGAUGCCACGUACCAGCGCAAGCUGCGGCAAAAGCAGCUGCAACAACAGUUCCGGGAGCAAAUGGAGAGAAAACAGCAAACACGUGAACCCGAGACCCUUCCAGACACAAGCCGAGAGGGAACCGCAUAUCCAGCAAGGGUCCCUCCCCUGGGACACAGCACUCCAGCAGCAGCAGCACAGCCCCAGGUUGCACCAGAGGAAGAGUUUUUAGCAGAUGACCCAGAGCUCUGGGAUAUCCCAUUAGAUGCUGUUGAAAUGGAUCCAUUCUCUAAUGGUAGAAUCCAGCCUGUCCCCAGCGCUGUGUCUACACCAGUCGCCCCCCACGGGCAACAUCAAAUGCUGACUCGAAGCAAAACCCCUCAACGGCAAAAUCACCAACGGCAACCGCUCCGACCCACGUCCUGGAACCAACCAAAUGGAAACCCAGCUCCCAGAUUAGAUAGGAGCCCGUACCAACAACACCAGGGACUGCUCAUGAAAAAGAGGAGAUUGGAACCGUCUUAAUCAAAUUGGGGUCCCAUCCUCGUGGGAGUCUCUGUGCCUUUAAUUAGAAUAUUGUGGCCUGCACCUCCUUCCAACCACCACUAGGGGCGUAACUGAUCCAACAGGCACAGUAUGACAUUUUUUUGCAAGAAGAAGUAAAGUUUAGAAUUAAAUUCACAGGAUUUUAGUUUUUGAUCAUUUUAAAAAGCGUAACUACUUCUACUUGAUCAGUAACAUCAAAAUUAUUUCAAAAAGUGUUUUAGUAUACUACGAAAAAACAACCAAAAAAGUCUUUAUUAAGAAAUAACUUACUGAAACUCCACUUGCGUUCUUCUUCAGAAAAGGCGCGAUGGAUCGCUGCCCUGUCGCCUUUUUUUAAGAGGAGCGCAAGCGGAGAUUCGGGAAGUUAUUUCGUAAUAAAGACUUUGCGAUUUUAGAGUUAAAUAUGUGUUGGUGUUUUUUUUUCAUAGUAUACUAAUGAAUUUUUUUUAAAAAUAUUUUUGAUGUUACUGGUCCGUUAAAGGAUAAGUUAACCUUUAAAAUAAGUGAAUAUAAAAUUGAUGAGAGUGCUAUUCUAAGCACUUUUGUCAUUUACAUCACUAUUUUCUUUUCUUUUUAUUCCAAGAUAUUAAGGGAUACAUGUGCUGUUAAUAGGAAUGAAUUUUGUUCCAACAGUGCCACCUGCUGGUCAGUUUCUGACCAGUCUGACCACCAAGUAGUCAAGGAAGUUGUCAGGAGAAAGAAAGAGAGCAGCCUCUUUCUUUCUCCUGACAACUUCCUUGACUACUUGGUGGUCAGACUGGUCAGAAACUGACCAGCAGGUGGCGCUGUUGGAACAAAAUUCAUUCCUAUUAACAGCACAUGUAUCCCUUAAUAUCUUGGAAUAAAAAGAAAAGAAAUAAUGAAUGUAAAUGACAAAAGUGCUUAAAACAACACUGUCAUCAAUUUUACAUUCACUUAUUUUAAAGGUUUACUGACCAUUUAAUGUUAUCCACACAUAGCAAAAUGUUACCCACACUGUUUUAUGGCUUUUAAAGGUGAGUUAAGCUCAUUCAUUGCACCAGGGACAUUUAUUCACCAUCUUCCACUUUGGGAGGAAUCAGAAAAGCUCAUUCCCUACUGACCGCUCCUUAUCACUGCAAAAUGACCCGGGAUUCUAUUGAUUUUUAUAUAUUUGUUGUUUUGUGGAACACUUUCCAUUUAUUUUGUAAGAAAUAAAAUAAUAAUUGUU